AUGGCCGGUGUUGCCGAAGCCGCUGCCUCCGCCGCCGCGCCGGGCAGCGGCGGGGACGGGCGGCGCGGCGGCGCCCCGGAGCAGCAGGAUAGCGGCCGAGGAGAGCCGAAAACUCUCUGGGGGAGCAGCGAGCCGCGGCCGCCUCCCGCCGGCUCGGGGCAGUCGUCCCCGCAGCAGCGAACGGAGACGCUGGGCUUCUACGAGAGCGACCGGGGCAGGAAGAAGAAGCGGAGCCUCUCGGAUCUUUCAUUGCUGAGAUUCAUCAGUGCUGAGCUAACAAGAGGCUACUUCCUUGAACACAAUGAAGCAAAAUACACAGAGCGGAGAGAGAGAGUAUACACGUGCAUGCGGAUACCAAAAGAACUGGAAAAGUUGAUGUUUUUUGGAAUCUUUUUGUGCCUGGAUGCUUUUCUGUAUGUAUUCACCCUACUUCCUUUGAGAGUUUUUCUGGCAAUGUUCCGGUUCAUCACUUUGCCUUGCUAUGGCUUACGUGAUAGACGUUUGCUACAACCUGCUCAGGUAUGUGACAUUCUCAAAGGAGUUAUACUGGUCAUCUGCUACUUCAUGAUGCACUAUGUUGACUACUCUAUGAUGUAUCAUCUGAUAAGGGGACAGUCUGUCAUAAAGCUCUACAUCAUCUAUAACAUGCUUGAGGUGGCUGAUCGUCUGUUUUCUUCAUUUGGACAAGAUAUUUUGGAUGCUCUUUAUUGGACAGCUACAGAACCUAAGGAAAGAAAAAGAGCUCACAUAGGUGUGAUUCCUCACUUCUUCAUGGCAGUGCUGUAUGUCUUCCUGCAUGCUAUUCUUAUAAUGGUUCAAGCAACAACCCUUAAUGUGGCCUUCAACUCCCACAAUAAAUCACUGCUUACUAUCAUGAUGUCCAAUAAUUUCGUUGAAAUAAAAGGAAGUGUUUUCAAGAAGUUUGAGAAGAACAAUCUUUUUCAAAUGUCAAAUAGCGAUAUAAAGGAGAGGUUCACCAAUUAUGUGCUGCUACUAAUUGUAUGUCUAAGAAAUAUGGAACAGUUCUCAUGGAAUCCAGAUCAUCUUUGGGUGUUAUUCCCAGACGUUUGCAUGGUGGUUGCUUCAGAAAUCGCAGUGGAUAUUGUGAAACAUGCCUUUAUAACAAAAUUCAAUGACAUCACAGCAGAUGUCUACAGUGAAUAUAGAGCCAGUCUUGCAUUUGACCUUGUUAGCAGUCGACAGAAAAACGCAUAUACAGAUUAUAGUGAUUCAGUUUCCAGAAGAAUGGGUUUCAUUCCUCUUCCACUGGCUGUUUUACUCAUCAGAGUCGUAACAAGCUCAAUAAAAGUACAAGGAAUCUUAGCUUAUGUUUGUGUUGUGCUGUUCUACUGUGGGCUAAUAUCUCUGAAAGUCCUUAACAGUAUUGUAUUGCUGGGGAAAUCAUGUCAAUAUGUAAAGGAGGCAAAAAUGGAGGAGAAAUUACUCAAUCCUGUCCUGACUGCCACCCCAGGGAAGCCAGCUGGCAAACAGCAGAGUGUGUUUAAAUCUACCCAAGGAACUUCCACAGAUGAAAAUGGAUCUGCAUCAGUUACCAAUCAACCUGUGCAUCAGAAGGAGAAUACCCCGUCUUUACUUGUAACAAGCAAUUCUGAUCAAUUUCUGACAACUCCUGAUGGAGAAGAAAAAGAUAUAAGUCAAGACAGUUCAGAAUUAAAACACAGGUCUUCAAAGAAAGACUUGUUGGAGAUAGACAGGUUUACUAUUUGUGGAAACAGAAUUGACUAAGGUUGUAGGUUUUUUAAUCAAUGUGCUAAGGAUACUGAGCUGUUGGGACAGCAGAUGCUACCAGAAUGGACAGUUGCCAAAAAAGGCACAUAAAUAUUUAUUUAAAAACUUAAAUUAUUAAUGGCAAAAAAUAUUAAUUUCUUUCUACAAGUAACUUGGCUUGGUAUCUGGUCAGGUCGAGUAAGUGAUCUUUAACUUGCCUCUUGGAAAAUGUGGUGGAUCGUGAGGCUCUAGCCUGGUGGCAGAGCUGCAGUAUCACUUUUCUGGAAAAUAGACUGGGAAAAAAGCAUGAUCCUGUUCUGCGUUAUGAAACCGUGCUUCCAGAAGAUACUAUGUUUCAUGAAGGUUCCUCCAGUGUAAGGAUAUUCCUGGAAAUGUAUGACAACUUGACCGGAAGCUUGCCUUUCCAGUUACCUGUUUUAUUAAACAUCUGCAAGCAGAAUUCAAAACUUGUGCUUAUAUCAACGAACGCGUAAAGCAUUGGUACAUAAAACAG